AUGCCAGGUGGACCGGCAAAAACCAUAACAAUAUUGAUUGAGAAUAUUAAAGGCGAAACGCGAGAGCAUGAGAAAAAAAGGAAGGCAAAGGAAGAACUUACGAUCACUAAGCCAAAUAAAAGGAGAUGGGAAGUAAAUGGUGUCAUCGAACCAAGUAUAGUUCACUCUGUAUACUUUGUAAAUCCAACAGAAGAGAGUCGUCCACUUCUUGAGAAGAUUCAUGAAGGUCAAUUUGUGACUCUACAUGGAGCUAGAGCAUCUGGCAAUGUAUCUCUUGAACAGAUUAACAUUAAAAGUGUAGACAAUUUCUGGGAGACAUUUGGCACUCAAAUUCAUCUUGAUGCUUCCAAAUACAUUAAACUCAAUAGCAUCAAGUCUGCUAAUGAUUUCAAUAUAGUGUUUCAGAAGAGCAAAUGGGAGAAUCGUGUUGUUAUAUUCAUUGAUGAAUUUGAUAUGUUGUAUAAUGCAACUGAAGAUGUUCUCUCUUCGUGUCUAAAUACCAUCCGUGGCAUUAAAGGAACAAAGAAAAAUUAUGCUAUCUGGUCUGUUUUUGCCAUCGGACCCUUCAGUAUCCUGUAUUUGAACUCGAAUAAUUUGACUACGUCACCAUUCAACGUUAAUGAACCGUUUCAAAACCCAAAUUUCACUCUGGAACAAGUGCAGUUCCUAUACAAGCAGUUUGCGGACGAAUUUAAACUGACUAUUGACCAUGAGGUUAUUGAUGACAUAUAUAUGCAGACAAACGGACAUGCUGGCCUUGUCUGCCUUUGUGGGCGUGCAAUCUUUAGAAAGCUAUUCCCAGUACUAGAAAAUGGAACGCAUCUUAGCUUCGAGAUAUGA